AUGUGGGCAGGGGGACGGGAGCGCGCCCUGCCCAGGUCUGCAGUCUCGGCCCGGACGCUGAGCCAAGUGGCCAUGCAGCCCAAGCCGGGGAAGGCCGCGCCGCCUCCAGCACCAGCCCCGCGCCCGCCUCCCGGGGCCCUGGCCCUGCGGAGCAGCCCCGGGCCCUGGCUCUGCCUCGCAACCCUGGUCCUGGGUCUCCGGCCGGCAGGUGUGGGCACCACGCCGUUGCCCGCGGCCGAGCCCCAACGCCCCUGCUCUCUGGAGGGCGUAGAGAUCAAAGGUGGCUCCUUCCGGCUUCUCAAGGAGGGCCAGGCCCUGGAGUACGCGUGUCCCUCUGGCUUCUACCCAUACCCUGUGCAGGCUCGCACCUGCAGGUCCACGGGGUCCUGGAGCGCCCUGCAGACCAAAGACCAAAAGAUUGUCAAGAAGGCGGAAUGCAGAGCGAUUCGUUGUCCGCGACCACAGGACUUUGAGAAUGGGGAGUACUGGCCCCGGGCUCCCUACUACAAUCUGAGCGACGAGAUCUCUUUCCACUGCUAUGAUGGCUACACCCUCCGGGGCUCCGCCAACCGCACCUGCCAAGUGACAGGCCGGUGGGACGGGCAAACGGCCAUCUGUGACAACGGAGCGGGGUACUGCCCCAACCCAGGCAUCCCCAUUGGCACAAGGAAGGUGGGCGGCCAGUACCGCCUGGAAGACAGUGUCACCUACUACUGCAGCCGGGGGCUCACCCUGCGUGGCUCCCAGCGGCGAACCUGCCAGGAAGGUGGCUCUUGGAGUGGAACAGAGCCUUCUUGCCAAGACUCCUUCAUGUACGACACCCCUGCCGAGGUGGCCGAAGCCUUCCUGUCCUCCCUGACGGAGACCAUAGAGAGCGUGGACGCUGAGGACGGGCACAGCCCAGGGGAACAACAGAAGAGGAGGAUUGUCCUGGACCCCUCGGGCUCCAUGAACAUCUACCUGGUGCUGGAUGGGUCCGACAGCAUCGGGGCGCGCAACUUCACAGGCGCCAAGAACUGCCUCCGGGACUUCAUUGAGAAGGUGGCAAGUUACGGGGUGAAGCCAAAAUAUGGUCUAGUGACAUAUGCCACGGACACCAACAUUUUGAUCAGAGUGUCUGAUGCAGAGAGCAGCAAUGCAGCCUGGGUCACAGAGAAGCUCAAUGGAAUCAGCUACGAAGACCACAAACUGAAGACGGGCACGAACACCAAGAAGGCCCUGCUGGCGGUGUACAACAUGAUGAGCUGGGCGGGCGACACCCCUCCCGAGGGCUGGAACCGCACCCGCCACGUCAUCAUCCUCAUGACUGAUGGCUUGCACAACAUGGGCGGGGACCCGGUCCCUGUCAUCCAUGACAUCCGGUCUUUGCUGGACAUCGGCAGAGAUCGCAAAAACCCAAGGGAAGAGUACCUGGAUGUCUACGUGUUUGGGGUUGGGCCUCUGGUGAACCAAGAGAACAUCAAUGCUUUGGCUUCCAAGAAAGAUAAAGAGCAACAUGUGUUCAAAGUCAAGGACAUGGAAAACCUGGAGGAUGUUUUCUUCCAAAUGCUUGAUGAAAGCCGGACUCUGGGUCUUUGCGGCAUGGUCUGGGAGCACAAGGACGGUACCGAUUACCACAAGCAACCGUGGCAGGCCAAGAUCUCCGUCACUCGCCCUUCGAAGGGACACGAGAACUGCAUGGGGGCCGUGGUGUCCGAGUACUUCGUGCUGACGGCGGCGCACUGCUUCACAGUGGAGGAUCAGCUGCACUCAAUCAAGGUCAACUUGGGAGGAAUGAAGCAGGACUUGGACAUAGAAGAAGUCCUAUUUCACCCCAAGUACAACAUCAAUGGGAAAAAAGCAGAAGGAAUUCCGGAAUUUUAUGACUAUGACGUGGCCCUGAUCAAGCUCAAGAAGAAGCUGCAGUUCAGCAAGACUCUCAGGCCCAUCUGUCUCCCUUGCACUGCGGGCACAAACCAAGCUUUGAGGCUUCCACUGUCAACCACUUGCCAGCAACAGAUGGAAGAGCUGCUCCCUGCAAAGGAUGUCAAAGCUCUGUUUGUGUCUGAGUUGUCCAACGACAGGAAGAAAAAGAUGCUCACUCGGAAGGAGGUCUACAUCAAGAAUGGGGAUAAGAAAGCCGCAUGUGAGAGAGAUGCUCAGAAGGCCCCGGGCUAUGAAAAUAUCAAGGCCAUCUCCGAGGUGGUCACCCCCAGGUUCCUCUGCACUGGAGGGGUGGAUCCCUACGCGGACCCCAACACCUGCAGAGGUGAUUCCGGUGGCCCCCUGAUUAUCCACAAGAGGAGUCGCUUCAUUCAAGUUGGUGUGAUCAGCUGGGGAGUAGUGGACGUCUGCAAAGACAAGAAGCCGCAGCGUCCGGUACCUGCUCACGCCCGAGACUUUCACAUCAACCUCUUCCAAGUGCUGCCCUGGCUCAAGGAGAAACUCCAUGAUGAGGACCUGGGUUUUCUAUAGGGGUUUCCUGCUGGAAAGGGGCAUGGGAUCCAAUUAAAACAGCU